AUGUCCAACAUUUUGCCAAACAGAAAAUUCAUGUCAAAUAGUACUGCACUUAUAUCUGCAGUGGCAUCUCUUGCAGCCUCAGCUAUGCUAAUCAGAAGCAUUACCAAAGACUUCAUUCCUCUUGAAGUCCAAGAAUUUUUUUCCUCCCAAAUCCAUUAUCUUUCUCAUAAAUUUUCCUCUCAACUCACCAUUGUGGUUGAAGAAUUUCAAGGGAUGUCUAGAAACCAAGUUUUUGAGGGGGCACAAGUCUAUCUAGGCACUAAAGCCACUCUCUCUGCUCUAAGAGUUAAAGCAAGCAAAUCUGAGGAUGAUAAAAAUCUAGCAUUCAGUGUAGAUAGAAAUGAAGAAGUGAGUGAUGAGUAUGAAGGAGUUCAAGUAAGGUGGAAACUUAGCUGUGAAGUUGUUGAGUCUAAUGGUACUAGACAUUCUAAUGACAUGAAUGCCUCUUUAAGGUCAGAAGUAAGAUCCUAUGAGCUAAGCUUUCACAAGAAACACAAAGAGAAGAUAUUCAAUUCAUAUUUACCAUUUGUGUUGGAGAAAGCCAAGGCUAUUAAACAAGAGAACAUGGCAGUGAAACUUCACACAAUUGAAUAUGAUUGUUAUUGGAAUGGACAUGGUGUUACAUUUGAUCACCCUAUGACUUUCAAAACUCUUGCAAUUGAUGCUGAGCUUAAAAGGAAAGUGGUGAAUGAUUUGGACAAGUUUGUGAAGGGUAAAGAGUUCUAUGUAAGAACUGGAAAAGCUUGGAAACGUGGUUACCUUUUGUAUGGCCCUCCUGGCACUGGCAAGUCUAGUCUUAUUGCAGCCAUGGCCAAUUAUCUCAACUAUGAUAUCUAUGAUUUGGAUCUCACCGUUGUCCAUGAUAAUAAGGACUUGAAGAAUUUGAUCCUUGGCAUGUGCAACCGUUCCAUACUUGUGAUUGAGGAUAUUGAUUGCACCAUAAAGCUGCAGAACCGACAAGAACAAAAGGAAGCAGUUAAAAAUGAAGACAAUAAGGUGACACUUUCAGGACUAUUGAAUGUUAUAGAUGGUCUUUGGUCAUGCUGUGGAGAGGAACGCAUCAUUGUUUUCACAACCAAUCACAAAGAAAGGCUUGAUCCAGCUCUGCUAAGGCCUGGCCGAAUGGACAUGCAUUUUCACUUGUCAUACUGCACUUUUUCUGCUUUUGAGCAAUUGGCCUUCAAUUACCUUGGAAUUUCACAACACAAACUCUUUGAACUAAUCGAAGGGCUUCUAAGAGAAGUGAAUGUGACACCAGCAGAAAUUGCAGGAGAGUUAACAAAGAGUAUCGAUGCUAUAGACCCCCUUCAAGACCUUGUCAAAUUCCUACACGACAAGAAAAUACUGGGACUAGCCAAAAAUGACCAUAAUGUCAAUGAAAAUCAUGAACAAGGUGGAGAAAAGUAA